GGGGGUGGGGUUGAGACUGGAGGGCCACAUUCCUGGGUCUCUGAGGGAGGUUAAAACCCAGGAACAGGGUCUUAAAUCCUGAGGCCUGAUCCCUGUAUCACCAGGAUGUCUCAGGACAGUGACCUGUGGAGGAAGGAUUCUCUGGGCGAUGAGCUGGCAGCUGUGAGACAGCAGAAGCUCGAACAGCAGCGGCGCCUGUUUGAGAAGAAGCAGCGGCGCAAGCGCCAGGAGCCGUUGAUGGUCCAGGCCAAUCCUGACGCUUCCCUGCGGCCCCGGCGGCCCCGACGGCGAGAGGAGCGAGGCCCUGGGGAGAGCGGUCCCGGAAACCCUUUUCUCCUGGAGAACGUACCGGAGGCGCACCUGCGAGGCGGCUCCCACAGCAUCCAGGGCAGCGUUAACUGUGGCGGUGACUGUGGCAGCGAACGCACGCCUCGACAGGGCUUAGGAGGGGCCGACAGUUCGGACCCAGAACUGGAGGAGGUCUCGGUGGAAGAUACCCCAGUCUCCCCACCUCCCUGCAAGGAGCUGCCUGGGACCCGGCGCCGGGGAUGGCCGGCUCGCCAGCGAGCAGGGAGAGUGGAGGGUCUGCGGGAGCCCAGCCCCUCGAAAACCCCAGUGCAAACAGCAGAGGAAGAGGUUGCGGCGACGGCAGAGGAGAUGCGGGAAGAGCUAGAAAGCCCUACAGAGCCCCCGGCCGCUGAGAAGGAACUGGGAGAGCCCAGCUUGGCCGAGAGCCAAGGAUCCCCGAACGACCUGGGAGAGGAGAGUAGGGGGCCAGAGCAAGACGAGGAAGAGGAAGAGGAGGCGGAGGUGGUGGACGGUGAGGAGAACAGGAGUUACGAGGCUUCGGACUCUGGACUCGGCUCGCAGAAAGGCCAGGACCACGGCGACUCGGUGUCCAGCAAGGAUGAGGAAGAGGAUGAAGAGGAGGUGGAGGACGAUGCGGCGACCGUGGCGCUGGAGUCUUCCGAGGACAGCAGCAGUGGGGCCGGGGCUGGGGCAGGAGACAACGAGAAAGAGCAGAGCUCCCCUCCUCGUGCGCCUGGCCCGCAGCCUGACGAGGACAUGGAAGCCUACGUGCUGAGACCGGCUCCUCGCGGCCGGACCGUGCAGUGCAGGAUCACUCGAGACAAGCGGGGCGUGGACAAGGGUAUCUUCCCCUUCUACUACCUCUACCUGGAGACGCCCGACGGCAAGAAGCAUUUCCUCCUGGCUGGGCGCAAGAGGAAGAGGAGCAAGACUUCAAACUACCUCAUUUCACUGGACCCCACUGACCUGUCUCGAGAUGGGGAAAACUUUGUGGGCAAAGUCAGGUCUAAUGUCCUGGGUACUAAGUUCACCAUCUACGACAACGGGGUGAAUCCAGAGAAGAAAUACUUCAUGCCAGAGUCUGCCCAGAUCCGAGAAGAGCUGGGGGCCGUGUGCUAUGAGACCAACGUGCUGGGCUUCCGGGGGCCCCGAAAGAUGACAAUCAUCAUCCCAGACAUUGAUCCCCAGAACCAAAGGCUCAAAGUCCAGCCCCAGAAUGAGCAGGAAUCGCUUCUGAGCCGCCUGCAACGAGGGACCAGUAAAGGCCUGGUGCUUCUGCAGAACAAAGCCCCAUUCUGGAGCGACGAGAGUGGCGCCUACGUCCUCAACUUCCACGGGCGGGUCACUAGGGCCUCUGUCAAAAACUUCCAGAUUGUGUACCCCGACGACCCUGACUACCUGGUGCUUCAGUUCGGCCGCGUGGCCCCGGACACGUUCACUAUGGAUUUUCGAUUUCCCCUCUGUCCCCUCCAAGCUUUCGCCAUCUGCCUGUCCAGCUUCGAUGGGAAGCUGGCGUGUGAGUGA